AUGAAGAUGCAGCCAUGUGGCACAGUUGGUAGUCGAGACGACAUCGUAUUGAGGAACGGUGCCAAGGUCCGUCUUCGAUUUCCUGCUGUCCGGUCUACUUUCCGCAUCGCCCCCUUCAACGAGUCAAGCAUGCUCCUCAGCCGUUUCCUCUCCGCAUCCUUCAUACUUACGAUCCAUUCUGGAGCUGGGGCCGAUCCUGCAUUGAUAGCCUUAAGUCGAGGAUAUUUCGCCCUCUUUCACGGACCGGCCUCUAGUCAGUCCGUGCAAUGUUGCCAAAAAAGCGAUCCGUAUCAUGAUCUUGCUGAUCUUCGAACUACGCCAACGUUUAGUCUCGUUCCCUUCUGUAGAGCUCGUGCCGCCAUGGCACGCAUAGUUCUCCUCCGAAGACACUGA